AUGUCGCUCUCGAUUUCUCAGCCAGCAACUACGGUACUUCUAGGCACCGCUCUCAUUAAAAUUACCGCUACUAAUGGAAUCUCUCAUGUCUUUCGAUGUCUGCUCGACAGUGGAAGUCAACUCAACUUCAUGACAGAGAGGGCAGCACAGCUAUUAAACGUCUCUCGUCACCGCUCUACUCACACAAUCGUGGGAAUAUCUGCAUCGCAAUCCUCGACAAAGGGACAUGCACUCCUAGAACUAUCCACACUAGGUAGUGAAGUAAUUGCUUCAAAUCAACCUUUCCAUAUUCUAGAUAGAAUUUCCGCUCCUUUGCCUCGUACUCAACUUUCUUUUGAGGUUUACAAACUGGUAAAACCUUUUGUCCUCGCAGAUCCGACCUUUCAUAUUCCUCAGAAUAUUGACAUUCUGAUAGGAGGUGCUUUGUUUCCAGAACUUCUUACUCAUCAAUCCUACCCAUUGGGCUCAAACCUUCCAUUCGUUAUUGGAACACGAUUGGGAUUUGUGUUAAUGGGCAAUGCACCAACUUUGUCUAACUCUUCUCCCACCUCAUGCCAUUCAUCUCUACUCUCCACUACGGACGAGCUACAUAAUACUCUACUUCGCUUUUGGCAACAAGAAGAGGUACCGCAGUGCAAUCUUAUCUCUGAAGACGAUCGCAUCGCUGAAGAUCACUUCAAAUCAACUCACUCCCGCUCUCCAGAUGGAACAUAUGUGGUUCGACUCCCUUUCAAGGACCAACAUCAACCACUGGGCACUUCAAAAUCUGCUGCUGAACAUAGACUUCACUCAAUUGAACGAAAGUUUGAAUCCAACUCUAAUUUCAAGGUAUUGUAUACACAGUUUAUGACUGAAUAUGAACAUCUCGGACACAUGGUCAAAGCAUCCCCUUCCGAUCUUUCGCAGCCACACUACUAUUUGCCUCAUCACGGUGUACUGAAGGAAACCAGUAGUACAACCAAACUUCGUACAGUUUUUGAUGGUAGUUGCAAAACCAGUACCGGUGUCUCACUAAAUGAUAUUCUUUUAACCGGUCACAAACUUCAGAUUGACAUUUGUGACAUUUUGUUGAAUUUUCGUUCACAUAAUUAUGUGUUCAGUUGCGAUAUAAGGAAAAUGUAUCGUUGCAUUCAAGUUCAUCCUGACGACCAGAAGUAUCAGUUAAUUUUAUGGCGUGAUCAAAAGACUCGAGAAAUCUCCACAUACAAAUUAACAACAGUUACAUACGGUCUUAGCAGUUCACCUUUCCAUGCCAUCAGAACGUUACAUCAACUUGCUGACGACGAAGGAGGGUCCUUCCCAGCAGCAGCCAAAGUUCUACGGGAUAAUACGUAUGUGGAUGACGUCAUCUGUGGAGCUCAUACACUCAACGAAGCUAAGCAACUACGAGAUCAGCUGAUUGAACUUCUUGCACGUGGUGGUUUUGAGCUAAGAAAAUGGACAUCCAAUUGCCCAGAAAUACUCCAAGAUUUGCCUCAAGAUCAUCUAGAAACACCAGUCUUUUUGGAAGCCACUAAUCACCCUCAUUUUGCCAUUCUUGGACUAAAUUGGUCACCCAUUUCAGAUUGUUUCACUUACAACUUAAGUCUCCCUGAUGGUCCUCCUACAAAACGAUCAGUGCUGAGCAUUAUAGCACGCAUUUUUGACCCUACCGGUUUUUUGUCACCCGUGACCAUGUGGGCAAAAACCCUCAUGCAAAUACUCUGGUCACAGGGUAUCCAAUGGGAUGACACUCUUCCAAAUGAACUCGCCGAAAAAUGGCACAUAUUCGUUGAUGAAACCUCUCUACUUUCAAGUAUUAAGAUCCCUCGCUCGUUCCAUUUCACUACCACAUGUUUCUUACAAUUCCAUGGAUUUUCAAAUGCCUCCGAAGUAGGAUACUCAGCAGUUUUAUACUUCCGCUGUGAGUUUUCAACUGGAGAAAUCAUCACUCGUCAGAUUCUCGCAAAAACACGUGUAGCUCCUUUGAAACGUGUUACUCUACCCCGCUUGGAACUAUGUGGUGCAUACUUACUUGCAAAAUUCACAACCUACUGUUGUACAAUUUUCAAAGAAAAGAUUGACCUUCCUCAAACUACAUUGUGGUGUGAUUCAUCAGUAACCCUCACUUGGUUACACACCCCCUCAUAUCGACUUAAAACGUAUGUUGCCAACAGAGUUGCUCAAGUCCAAGAAUUGAUCCCCUCUCACUCCUGGCGCUACGUUCCCUCAACAGACAACCCCGCUGAUUGUGCGUCACGUGGUUUGCUUCCCGCUCAACUCAUUGAUCAUCCUCUAUGGUGGAAUGGCCCUCCAUGGUUAACUCUUUCAGAUGAUCAUUGGCCAUCUAAUCGCUUCGUUCCCAUCAACUUGCAAGACACUCAAGAAUGUAAAACAACUCCUCUAAAUGUCCUAGUUUCAACCCAACCUCCAGAAUGGGAUCUUCUCUCCAAGUACUCAUCGUGGUCCAAACUACUUAGAGUAACAAGCUAUGUCUUGCGGUUUAUCCACAAUGCACGUAGCUCUGACCGAAGACAUGGGCAUCUCACCGUCUCUGAACUUAAGAACUCAGAGCGUACCAUCAUCAAGGAUUCAUCGCUGCACUCACACGAUUCAUCUCCCGAAGAGGAUUCUGUAAAGAUAUCUAUUCCGACUGUGGCACGAACUUCAUAUGGCCCUGAUUCUGCACUGCGUCGAACAAUCAAAAACACUCUGCGCACCAAAGAAUCUGAAGAACAACUAUUGCAUUUCACUUCAUCCAGGAAAAUAAAUUUCCAUUUCAAUCCUCCUGCUUCGCCCCAUCAAGGUGGUCUAUGGGAAGCAGCAGUGAAAAGUGUCAAAUACCAUCUGCGCCGUGUCAUGGGUGAACACAUUCUUACUCUCCUAGAAUUCAUGACUCUGACUACACAAAUAGAGGCAAUCCUCAAUUCCCGUCCUUUGACACCAUUAUCUAACGACCCUAAUGACUGUUCAGCACUCACUCCAGGACAUUUCCUCAUAGGAUCUCCGCUGGCAUCAAUUCCAGAAGAAGACCAUGCUGAUAUUCCACUAACUCGGCUCAAAAGAUGGCAUCUAGUACAAGCUCUCCACCAAAGGAUUUGGAAGCGCUGGCAACUAGAGUACCUUCAUACACUCCAGCAACGAUCCAAGUGGACUCAUAAGACAGAAAACAUAAAAGUUGGAGAUCUAGUCUUGAUCCACUCUUCAUCGCCUCCUUUGUCCUGGCCCCUUGCCCGUGUCACACAGUUGCAUCCUGGCACAGAUGGACAAGUCAGGGUUGUUGAUCUGAAGACUCAACACGGUUACCUUACUAGACCAGUUGUUAAAGUGUUCCCUCUCCCUCAAAACUAA